CGGGUGGGGGCCGGGGAGGCUGCCUGCAGCCCGGGCGCCCAGGGGCGGCGGCGGCCCAGCCCCAAUGCCCCGCGCACGGGCGACCGCAGGGCGGAGCCACCCCGCGAGUGCGACUGUCGCGGCGCCAGCGUGCACGGGCCCCACGCACCCACCCUCCGCACCCGUCGCGGGUCCAGAAGGGAUCCUGCAAAAAUGAGCCAUUCUCACCCCACUGGAUUACUUGCAGCAUAUAAUAGUCUUACGGAUAAACACCUGGCUGGAUAUUUUAACAAUACAAGGAUAAGGCGACAUCUCUUGAGAUCAGGGCUGAUCACAAGAAAUGGGAGAAUACUUUCUGAAAAGGAAUACAAACUAAAUAUCAUGAAGCGGGAUCACCAAAACUAUAUCCGGGAGUGCUUAGCCCAGGCUAUUUUCCAUAAGGUUCUUGAUAUGGAGCGUUACCAUCAGCUUGAAAUUAAAAAGAAACUGGAGACAUUAGCUAGGAAGGAGCGAAUUCAGAGAUUUAAGGGAGAGCACACAGGAUGGACUAUAGGAAAUAACAUGCCAAUCCUGUCUCCCCGCCCCCCAGUUGGCUCCAAGACUAACCAUGGCCAUAGUGUUCUGGUUGAUGAAGGACAUUCCAGUCCAGUAACACUGACAGCCCCUCGACCAUACACUGCCCCAGGAAAUAUGCAGCCUCCAAUUCGAUUACAGCCUCUACCCAGUAAUCCUGCAGUAGGAACUGCUCCAAAGGUAACUUCGGGGUCCAGAUCAAAAACCUCAUUGCUGGAAAAUGAAGCUCCAUUUCCCAUUGGGGGCAAGAAGGCAACGAUGAAGUUCAGGAACUCCAUGGACAAUUCACAGGGAAUGAAUCGAUAUCAAUUUCCGAAGAUUAACCGUUACAUGGUGCCUAUUCCUCCCCCACUUCCUCCCCCUAAUGGAAAAAUCACAAGGGAAAAUAGACCUGAAACAUGGAGAAGGAGAAGAGUUCGUCCAACCACUGCUCCAAAUGGCUUAGAACCUCUCUUUACCAGGGAUUCAAGAAGGAUUCACAAAACACCACUGCAUAGUAAUGCAGCUAUUACAAUGAUCUAUUUGGGGAAAAAUGUGCACCUAGCCUAUGAUCACUCAGAUUUCCGGGAUGAAAUAAAAGUUUAUCAGCAGCACUGUGGUGGGGAAAACUUGUGUGUCUAUGCAGGCAAACUACUUGAGAAAGAGACCUUUCAGUUUAUUUCCAAAAGGCACCAUGGUUUCCCCUUCAGUCUCACCUUUUUCCUGAACGGGAUACAGGUGAACAGGUUAAGUUCCUGCUGUGAAUAUAAGCAUCGAAAAGGUUCCAGACUUGGAGGCAAACGAGGCUACUUUGGGUUUGUGUGUGUCGAGAGAUCAUCUCCUUGCUACAAGUGCAUUAUCACAAUGGGCCUUGACAAAAAAACAACUUCACCAAAACCUAGGAAGGAAAAGAGUAUUGAGAGAAGAGAGGGAUUGAUGAAGGGUGAGGGGAAACUGAGGAAGGAUAGAGAGUACCUGAUACCAAGAAAGAGAGAGAUGGAGGGGAGCAAAACCUCAGCUUCAGCCAUUUUUUCAGCUCAAGAACUACAUACAGGGAUCGGCGAAGUGAGAACUGCUGUCGAAGAAAUGGAACGUAAAGAAAAGCCAGGACAAGAAGUCUGGGAAGAUGACCAAGAAAACAUAUUUAAAUAUGAAUAUGAAGAAGAUUUUGAAGCAGAUGAGGAGAAACAAGAUGAGAAAGCUAAUGAAGGACAGGCUGAUGAUCAAAUGAAUGGAAUGCCAAAGUCACCCUCAGAUGAUGAAAAAGAUCUUUUAGACCCUGAAAAGGAGAGUGAAACAUCGCUGUGGAAGACAUCAGAUGCUGAUGACAAUGUGAAAGAUGAGGUUGAUGGAUGCUCUGAGAAUGAAUUGGAAGAGGAUAAACAUGAUAUAAGAACUGCUUCAUCAGCCUCAUCCAGAAGUCACCCAUAUUCUAGUUGCAGUGAAGAUGAAUCUGCACUGGGGGACAGGGAAGCCCACGCUGAAAACAGUCCAAAUGAAAGUGUCCGAAGUCCAUCUUCUCAGGAGUUGAGUGAAAAUGAUGAGCCAGGAAAAACCCACCUUCCAACUGAGAAUUCUCUAGAAAUCGAAAUUGAUGACCAAGAAAUAAUAAAAGCAGAUGUGGAGACCAAGCCUCUGCCAAUAGAGGAAAACUUGGAGAAUGUUCUUGAAGAAGAAGCAGAGAAAGGAACCCGAGUGAUUGCAGAAGGCUUAUCUGAGAAGUCCAGGGAACAUGUUUCCAAGGAAGAAAAGGAAAAGAGUAAGAGUAACCUUUGGGAAGGAAGCGCUGCUAAGGUGAAGGACAAAAAAGCAGGUCCCCGUAGGGUGGAUAAAGGUGCACCGAACAGGAAUUUAGUGGUGGAGGAAAGGGCAGCACUCAGCUCAAACAAGGAAUCCAAGCAAGUUGCAUCAGAAGAGCAUACACUGGAGAAGAAAGACGCAGUGGAGGAAGAUGAAGGUCCCCAACACAAGGAUGCUGACACAGAAGAAAAAGGGGAUGCAGCACCGUGGGGAAAAGCAGGGGUUCAUGAGGUUCCCUUGGGGCAGUGGAAGCCAACAGUAGAGCAGCCGGCAUUAGUAGGACAGUUUACAGAGGAAAGUAAUAUCCCUCAGGGCGUAGUAGGUGGGGCAGAGGCAGAAGCAGAAGGGGAUAGAAGGCCACAAAAAGAGGGGUUAGACCCCAGAGGACGAGAGGCAGCAAGAGAUUCUGGAGGUCUGAGUGAAGGCGAGCCUUUCGAGGAGCAGGCCCUGAAGCAGACGGUGCUGGAGACGGACACGGCAGCUUCCGACGGGGAGCAGGGUGAGGGGAAGGCCGUGCUUACAAGCCAGGCAGGAGCCCUGAAGUCACAGAGCGCUCAGGAGGCAGCGGCCCUGAGAGAGGCGGCGAGGCCGGAGGAGGGAGAGCCUGAGGGAGCGGCUGUGAGCGGGGCCGGGUCUGCACAGCCAGGUGUGGAGGACAGUGAUGGGGAAGCGUCCACAGACCUAGAGGACGUGGGGCCCGGAGAAGACGCUACAUCCGAGAGAGAGGAGGGUUUAGAAGAGGCCAUACUGCGGGGAGAGGAGCCAGCCAGGGAGAGGGGGGCAGUUCUGAGAAGGGAAACGCCCUUGAGCUCCUCGACUUCUGUGAAGGCCCAGGCAACUCGCACGGGGGUGUUGGAGGACAGCCUCGAGGGACUUCGUAAGGCCCCUGUGGAAAGGGAGGGGGUUGAGGUGGAGUCAGAGUGUAAGACGGAAGAUGAGAGGAAAGAAGUGUCACCUGAGGAAUUAGAUGCAGUGCGCGAGAGAAGGACAGCUGAGAGGCCAAAGCCACCUCUGGGGGAAACCGAAUCCGAGAGGGAAGCGGUGACAAGGACAAGGGCGCUUCAGGAUGAAGACACUUUAGAAGAAGAGCAAAAGUUGCAAGAGGAAGAGGGGGAACCCAUGAAGGAAGUAAGACCCGAGGAAGAGACACAAGCCCCCCAAAAUGACACGGAGCGUGAUGCUGAGGUUGAAGCAGCCAUGCGGGCGUCUGAACUGACUGGAGACGCAGGGCCGCGAGGGGAGGCUCCACUGAGAGAGCGAGAGGAGACCAUGUCUGAAGCAUCCCCUGGAUGUGAAGAGUCCCUGGAAGACAUAAUGGUUUGGGGGAAAGAAGGAGGAAGACUGAGAGAAGCUGGAGACACAGGGCCCAGAGGCAGAGCAGAGCUGCUCGUCGGGGAGAACGUGGCCCCCGCAGGGCAGGACGAGGGCCCGAGCCCUGCAGGAGGGGGGGUGUCAGGAGCUCCCGAAAGCGAGCCCUCGGGGAAGGCGCAGACACCCGGGGCUGCCGGCGAGGCCCGGGAGUGCGCAGCCAAAGAUCAGGCCAGCCUGAUGGGCUGGGAGGGGAGGGAUAAAGAAGGGCCUUUACAGGGGCCACAGGGAGUGGCUGUCCCAGCCAUGAUCCAAGAAGAUGGUCCCGAGGGAGACUCCACCGUGGCAGGAAAGUUGAGUGAAGAAGUGAUGGAUGAGGGCCCAGAGGAGGCGGCGGAGGAAGAGUGCACUCUGGGGGUAGGGCUGAUGAAGAGUGGGGCCACCGAGGGGGACGGGGGCUUGUGGGCCGUGGCUGCAGCUGGGGAAGAUGGCCACCAAGGAGGGGGAGCGGCCGGACCAGCCGCAGAGCGGGAGGCGUCGGCAGGUUCAAAGCCAGCUGCGGGGCAAACAGAAGCACGUGAAGCCCCCUCCUUUUCAGAUGUGGCUGGGGAAGAAAGCUGGCACAGAGUGGGUGAGACACUAGGAGAAACGGCAGCUGCAGAGAAGGUGGCUGUCGAGGAAACAGCGCUGAGCAGGGAGGAGGCGACAGUGACUUGGGAGACGGAGGCUGCGGUCGAGGCUCCAGGGGAACCUUCUGACCUGGAAGGGAGGGCCCCACUGCCAGCGCCGGCUCGGGAGGGAGGGGACGCUAAACCCACACAGGAGGUGGAGUCUGAGGGAGAGGAGGCAGGGACGCGGAGCCCUGAGGAGGGGCAGGAGUCGGGGGCAGCUGAAGAAUUCAGACCGGGAUUAUCCCAAGAGAGAGGGUCAGAGCCCAGGAGAGAGAGUGCACGGGACGCAGGAACACUCCCCGGAAAGCCCGAUUGCACUGGGACCCAAGAGAAGCAAGAGCAUGCAGUGCACAGAGGAAGUGAAGACCCAGAUGUUUCGCUGAACCACAGGAAGGCCUAAGAGCCUUCGCGGCUGAUGGAUAUUUUCAAGACGUCUUCUGGAAGACUUAGAGCGGAGGAGAAGGAUCACCUGAGCAUCUCACCAGGACUUUAGAUUUUUUUUUUUUUUUAACAUCUUUAUUGGCAUAUAAUUGCUUUACAAUGGUGUUUUAGUUUCUGCUGUAUAACAAAGUGAAUCAGCUAAUGAGGACUUUAGAUUUUAUCUUUUUUUGUUUUUUUAAAUCCCUGUGCUUGUCUGAGCAGUUCCCAGUCGGCCAAUGCUGGUCUGUAGCACCUCAAGUACCUUGAGAAGAACUGCUCAGACGCUCCCUGGGGUGCCGGUUCCUAAUGGAGGACUGGGAGGCUGAUACCUAAGUCUACAUAGUUAACAUGUCUACAUUCAAAUCAAAUUGAUAGUUUUCAAAUGUUUGACUUUUACUAAAGAUUACCUGAAAGUCCCAGUCCUGAUAUCUGGGGUUUGUUUAAAUUCCUUUUAAUUUAUAAUCACAUAUUAGUCCCAGGUUCAUACAUGAGCGUUUUAUUUACAAUCUGUGGCUUUGCCUGUGAAAAUGAGCUCUAAACGUCCUUCCCAGUAUACUCAGUGCUAAAGAUUGCUCCAGACCUGUAAGUCCUUCCAGAAAAGGAUUCCAUGGCAUGUCUAUUCACUUACACUUAGAAAUAAUCAUGCUUUCUAUUUAUGCCAGAUGAGUAAUUUUAAGUGUAAAUCUUGUUUCAAAUUGCCCUUUGUUUUUGCGUGUUUCCGUAGUCUUGCUUUCUGAGGUAGACAGGUAAAUGCUUGUGGCAUUUCAUUCCUGGGGGCCUUAUUUAUAGGGCCACUCAAUUUAAAUCAAUGUAGUAAAUAAUUUAGCUGCGUAAAAUGAGUAACAAUCAUUAUAGCAGGUAAACAUUGCACAUCAGUCCAUACACCAACAUUCUAGACUCUAGACUCUGGCUGGUGUCAUUCCAUGGAAAAGAAACUUGGAUUAAAUUAGCAUACUGCUCACCUUCCAAAGUUCUGUUAUUUCAAACCUCUGAACUAACCCUGCAGUGCAUUGCAAAUCCACGGUCACAACUUCUUUCUAAAUUACCCCUGCCCCCAUAUCACUAGGAAUAGUUGUGUAUCAGUGUGCCCCUUGGGGAUUUUGAUUUCCUUGUGAUAUCUUUCUUUGUUCAUAUGCCAGUGCCCCAGAGGGCACAUAUGUUUGGCCAUCUUUUCAUUAUGUGAGGAGGUGAAAGAAAAUGUCCUAAAGCAGUGAUUCUCCAGUUAUGCUACACAUUAGACUUUCAUGGGGCACUUUCAUGAAUGAUUCAAUCCCUGGCCCUACCCCAGAGAUUCAGAUCGAAUUAGUUUUAGAUGGGUGUAGGCAUCAGUUUUUUGUUUUGUUUUGUUUUUUAAUUCUUCAGUUGGUUUUACUAUGUAGGCAAAAUUGAGAACUGCUGCCCUAAUCAUUAUACAAUCCAUACUGGCUGCCCUGCGUCCCUAAGGACCAGGCAUAUUAUCUUUUUUUUUUUUUAUCUUUAUAGAUGUGUUUCAUUUUAAUAAAGGAGUCAUUUAGUGAUCAAAGGUAUAAUGGACCAGUGGUUCUCACAACGUGGUCCCUUGAUCAGGAUAUCAGCAUCACCCAGAACUGUUCCAAAUACAAAUUCCUGCCUUCAUCUCAUACCCAUUAAAUUGGAGACUCAGUGGGUGAGGCAGAGCCAUUGGUGUUCUAACAAGCCCUCUGGGUAAUUCUGAUGUACCCUCUAGUCUGAAAACUGCUGUCACGGACUAUUGAUUGUUUUGAGGAUUGGUCUCAGUUGGAAAAUGGAUUGCAGAAGCAUUGUGUACUUUGUCUCUCUUUCUGUCUCUCUUUUACCAUCUGUCUCUCUUCUCCCUUUUUCUUUUUUCUCUAGGCAAUGGUACUCACUCUAAAAGUGAUGACCUCAACUUUAAACUCAUUUUUAUUGGGAAUGUAAUGAUAUAUAUGUGAAGUCCUUCAGCCCCACCCCCUACUGAGGAUGAGCAUCUCUCAUGACACAUCAUAGAUCUCCAUUGUCUUACAUUUUAUGAGUGGAUUUCAUCUACAUUAUAUCCAAUUUCAUUUAUUACUGAGCUGUAUUACUGUGGCGUUCUACAGUAUUUUUUCCGCUGCUCUCAACCUCAUUGCUACAGAGCACUUUGCAUACAUAGCACCUUAUGGGAAAGAUUGUAAACUUGUUAAUUCCAUUGAAGAAUGAGUUUUGUACAAUGUGCUAAAUGGAAAUUGCAUUGGAUUAUUUUUAUAUUUAACACAUUCCAUCAAAACAUUCUGUAAAAUUAUACUACAGUCUGCAUGUGGGUUUAACUGUGAAAUUCAGUGUUGUGAUAGUUCGAUGAAGGGAAUUCUUUCUCUGAAAAUACUAUAUUGAUAAAAUUAUUUUAUGUUCGACUGAACUGAUUAUUUAUCCUAGUUUCGUUAUUAAAAGCAUAAAUAAACCAUAUGUUUACAGAUAAGACAUGAAUGGUCCUUUAUAAAU